UGGAAUAGUUAUUUUAUGCAGCAGGAUUUUAGGAGAGAGGUGGUUUGUUGUGUGUGUGGAGAAGUGGCAGAGGAUGGGAAUUUUGGGAUUUUGUGAUGUAAUGAGCAUUAUUUGUGUGGGGAUUGAGGUGUGGGGUUUAUUGAGAGUAUGUUGAGUAAACCUGAGACACAGGUUCCUGCUAAAUGAUGCUUCUGUAAAACUGAGAUUGAUAUGAAACAAGUUGAGAGGUAUUUAUCUUAUGAGCAAAGGGUUAUCUAUGAAAAGUAUUAUACUCUAAAUAAGCUUGACUCAAAACUGCACAAGGUUGUGCAUUGCCAAUACUGAGAGUAUUUUGAGAUUUGGAGAAUUGACAAUUACUCAACCUUCUUUUAUUGCCAAAAUAAUGAAUGCAGAAAAGGAAUAUGUCUAGUUUGAGAUCAAAUCCUGCAGGUAUCCCCAAGUGGUAUCAUGACGAGGAGCAGGACUGCUCACCUAGACAGAGAAAUAUUAGUUCAUUCUGAAUGAUUCAAGUAUAUGCAAAUGAAAGAAGACUGGAUAGAUGCUUUGAUUGAAGGAUCUCAAAGAGUAUGUCCCAAGUGCAAUAAUGGAGGACUCAAAAAUGGCGCUUGCAACAAAAUGACUUGUGAUAAAUGAAAUAUUCUUUGGUGAUAUGUUUGUGGCCAAGAUGAAGAUCAUGCGGAUAAGAAAGACCUUAAUGGGAAUUUCGACCAACACUUUAUCGAUUGGGAGAACAACUCUAAACGGUGUCCUAAAAUGCUAAAGUUCCUUGCUGCCAACGACCAAAGGUGGGAUAAAGAUGAUGAAGAGGCCAAUAGAGACUUCUUUUAUAAGAUCUGUCUUUACAAGUCAAUAAGAGGAUUCUUCAAGAAAUACACUCAAGAGCAGUUCAAAGCUCUCUGUGAAGUAGCCCCAAUGGCCAAACACCAUGGGUAUAACUUACAAGAAGCAAUGACAAUGGAUCUUGAGGUAGUCAAGAGAUAAGGAUUUCGCCAUUAUCAAAGUUUUCAAAAUUAUCUCCAUCAA